GUCGUGCCAGGCCAACCCGCCACGGAGGACUCCUAGAAGAAUUUCAAAUCAACCGUCUUUUAUGUUUAACAUGUGACUAAACUCUUUUUAAAAGGGCGUAUCUCACAACUGAUUGCAACCGAAUUUCUACAUGAUUUAGCUUAAGCUAGGGAAGAAAUAUGUCGGACAAGGAAACUUUGGUGCACAAUAUCGAGUUACCCGUGCACGAGGGGGAAGAGACUGAGGUGGUAGCCGAGGCAGUAGUGUUGGAACCGAAUGAUGUGACGGCCGGACAGACCAACCCAGUAUACGAGGAUGGAACGAUCCAGAAGGAAAUAGAGAACGAUAAUGCCAAACAACACGGAGCGCAAAACGGUGCAGCACCGGACUGUACGCCAGAUGGCGUUAUUCUAAGUGUUCAGAAUCUCCAACAAGUUGCCGAAGGUUCUACCACCGUUCAAAUCGACAAAAGAGACAACCAGAAAGGCGAGGAGGUCCGACAGGGCAUUAGGAAGACUCUGUGGUACCUGUGUAGCGGGUUUGGUUGCUGUAUUCCUGUGUGGAUAGCGAAGGGUGUCAAGGAAUCUCGCAUGGCAAAGGAGGCCAAGAAAGAAGGGAACCUAACGACCUAUCAGAUGUUGAAGAACAAAGUACAGUACAGGUGGAUGAUAGCUGUCAUCCCAUUGGUCAUCUUUCUGCCAAUCAUCAUCAUCGUUCUGGUGACGCGUCUUACCUGAGGGCCAUUCCACUUUUGAAAUUUACCAGGGGUGGAUGGACAAUCAUACCCCCUUCUUUCACUGUAUUCUCAUCUCUAGAUCUCUCCUUUUGUUUUUGUGUUAGUUGUUUAUUAUUGUUUGUAUGAACUGUGGAGCUGGUACAAUCCACAUAUAACUGGAGGCAACCUAGAAUUAGUGUUUGCUGGUUGAUACAAUAUUUUUGUGUCUUUUAAAGUGACAUGUAGGUAUUUUCUCUAGCUACCUCUUCAUGUGUAUAUUUUGCCAGGACAUGCCAAGAGAGCUCACUAUUCACUAUAUCGGUCAUCAGAAGCAACUACAUCUGUACUGUUUAACGGGAUAAUAUAUAUAUAUUUCUAUAAAGAGCACAUAUCAUGUAACAAUACUAGUACAUGUAC